UACUAUGUAAAACUAUUUAGCUAAUAUCAUAUUUCACUUAUAUUUUUUGUAUAUUAAAUAUGUACUCUCUUAUGAUUCGAGCUACUUCUUUCAAAGUUAGACACAAAGAGAGAAACGCAUCGUGUGAUGUUUCAAAUGCGACUGAAGCUUUCUUUCUUGUCAAGAUCAUCUCUGCGGCUGCGCGAAAAUAUUUCGUCCUCUGCACAAUAAACGCCACUAUUAAGGUGAUCGAUAUCUGAAUUUAAAGUAAUUUUAAAGCAAUUGUGAUAAUAUGGAACAACUUUCUUACAUCUCAAGAAUGAAUAUUGAAUAUAAGAGUCCAUAUCAUUGUUUGACCGUACGCCGUGCAAGAUGCACGAGAUUGAAGAACACUAUUAUAAAAUAAACCGCAAUUUUCUUAAGAUGCUCGGCCUAUGGCCUUAUCAGCAAUCACUUUUUGCUCGACUACGAAAAGUACUAUUUAUUGGUAUUCUUUUUGGAUAUAUUGUUGCUCAGUUCCUCUCAUUUGUGACAAUGCAGUUCAGUGCAAAUCUUCUGUUGAAAAUUUUGUCUUUCGUGUCUCCUACUCUUUAUGUCACAAUGAAGUAUUGCCUUUUCGUCGUUCAAACAGAUAAUGUAAAACGGCUGUUAGAGCAGAUUCGAAAUGACUGGGAAUUAGUGAAAGACAAAUUGGAAAUUGAUAUCAUUAAAAAAUACGCCGGGAGUGUGAGAUUUAUUUCAAUGUGUGCACUUGUGUUUUGUCAUUGUGAUACAUUGUGUUACAUAACAUUGCAAUUUCUACCGUUAAUACUUGACGUUAUAUUACCGUUAAAUGAAUCACGAUCUUUGAAACUUAUCGUGAUCACGGAAUACUUUGUCAAUCGGGAGAAAUACCUCUGGUUAAUGUUACUUCAUGAAAUAGUUGCCAUUUAUUUAAGAGUGAUUACGAUAUGUUGCACCACUACAACAAUUAUGAUGUACAUCCUGCACGCAUGUGCUCUUUUCAAAGUGGCAAGCUAUCGAAUGGAAAACGCAAUUCAAGAGGAUAUGCUAGCGAUGUGUAAUCCUGUACAGGAAUAUCUUCUUUAUCAGAAGAUUGCGAGCGUAGUUAUUAUUCAUCGACGGGCCAUUGCGUAUGUCGAGCUUUGGAUAUCUAGUUUUACAAUGGUGUUUACUAUUCUGAUUGUCAUUGGAAUUAGCUCCAUAAGUUUUAGUCUUUUCCAUUUACUUCAAGUAAUAACUAAUACUAGCAAUGAUUAUACUGAUAUGUAUGCAGCUUUUAUAUCAGUGGUUGCCCAGUUUACUUACAUGUUUAUCAUUAAUUAUUGCGGAGAAAUAGUGCAGAACCAUGGAAUGCAAGUAUUUGAGGCGACUUAUAAUGGAUUAUGGUAUGCAGCCCCAUUGCGUGCACAGAAAUUGAUAUUAUUCGUAAUGCAAAGGGCAAUAGUGAAAGUUAAUUUGACAUUUGGGAAUAUAUUUAUUUUAUCCUUGGAAGGUUUUGUUACGCUUGCAAGUAAGGCGGUAUCUUAUUUCACAGUGAUUUACUCCACACGACAAUAAAAAGCCGGAAACCAAAGUUUAUUGUCAGCUUAGUGUAUGUUUUUAUCAAAUAGAUAUAUUUGUAUAACAUAAACGUGUUUUAACUUUCUUUUUAUUAAGUUCAGGCUCGUUGUACAUAAUAAUAACUAAAUUGUCAAUAUAUUUAUCCUCUUAUUGUUCAUUCAUAAUUGUUUGUUCAUGACGGAAAAUAGUAUUAUGACAACAAAAUGUAGAUAGCAAUAGAUACGUGGUAUCAGCAUCUGUUGUUUAAACAGUAAUCACGUUUUCGAUUUACGAGCACAGCAAUAUCUUAUUUCACAGUAAUUUAUUCCACGCGAUAAUAAAAAACCGGAAACAAAAGUUAAUUAGCAAACGUAUAUACUUAUUGUGAAAACUUAUUAAAUAUAAUAAAUUUGCAGAGACCAUUUUGCGUGCGAGAAUAGUGAUAUUAUGAACCUGUAAUUAUUUAUACCCUUUUUUCGCUUGUACAUUAUAUUAUGAUAGAAUAUAGCUUUAUAACCGCGUAAGGUAUGGCAAAUCAUAGUAUAUAAGCUUUUUAUUUAUUACUUAAAAGAUACGAAGUAUCAUGCAAACAAGUGACUAUAAUAUUUUACUACUUGCAUUGCAAUGAAUCACAACAAAAAUAUUCUCUCAUAUUUCGUGCUGUGCUCAGUAUAAGAAAUUAUAUUACUGUCCUUUUAAUAGCUUUGUAUAAAUUUCAUGCAACAAAA